ACAUUGAAGCGAUAACAUUGUCGACUGCUAUAUAUACUUCUACAUCCACCGAUGCGUUGGCAAAUCAAACUCUUGCAGACAACAGUGUAGUUGUAAUCAGACGUGAUAAAACAAUGCCACCACUACCCAUCAGAAACCCUGAUGUUAAAUAUACUCAGGCUUUUAUAAACAAUGAGUAUGUAAACUGCGUCAGUGGUAAAACUUUCCCAACGAUUAAUCCGACUACAAAGCAGAAAAUAGCAGAUGUGCAGGAGGGGGACAAGGCUGAUGUUGAUAAAGCUGUUGAUGCUGCCAAGGCAGCGUUUAAAAUAGGAUCAGCAUGGAGACGGAUGGAUGCCAGUAAAAGGGGAGCGUUAUUAAUGAAGUUAGCAGAUUUAAUAGAUAGAGAUAUGGGUUACAUAGGAAGUUUAGAAACAAUAGAUAAUGGUAAACCAUAUAAAAACGCUUGUGGUGAUAUUGGUUUUGCUGUAGAUAUUUUACGUUAUUAUGCUGGAUGGGCAGAUAAAAUAACAGGCAAAACCAUCCCAAUCAAUGGUGAUUAUUUCUGUUAUACACGUCAUGAACCUGUUGGAAUCUGUGGACAAAUUGUUCCUUGGAACUACCCGUUCAUGUUAUUUAUUUUGAAACUGGCACCAGCUUUAGCAUCUGGGUGCGUUAGUAUUUUAAAACCUGCCGAACAGACACCUUUAACCGCUUUGUAUGCUGGCGCCUUGAUUAAAGAGGCUGGGUUUCCACCAGGUGUAGUUGGUAUAAUACCAGGUUAUGGUCCAACUGCUGGUGCUGCCAUUACAAAUCAUCCGGAUAUCAAUAAGGUGUCUUUUACUGGGUCUACAGAGGUAGGACAGUUGAUCCAACAAGCCUCGGGUAUGAGUAACUUAAAGAGAACAUCAUUAGAACUGGGUGGGAAAUCUCCUAAUAUUGUUUUUGGAGAUGUUGAUUUGGACGCUGCUGUUGCUUGGUCUCAUGCUGCCGUAAUGGAGAACAUGGGUCAGUGUUGUGUAGCUGGAACCAGAACAUUUGUACAUGAAUCUAUUUACGAUGAAUUUGUUAAGAAAAGCGCUGCAAUGGCUAGCAAUCGAAUUGUUGGAGAUCCAUUUGAUGAAAAAACGCAAAAUGGUCCACAGAUUGAUGAUGUACAGUUUGAGAAGAUAUUAGAAUUAAUAGAAAGUGGUAAAAAAGAAGGUGCUAAAGUAGAAUGUGGUGGAGAGAAGAUGGGUGAUAAAGGUUAUUAUAUUCAACCAACAGUAUUCUCUAAUGUACAAGAUAACAUGCGUAUUGCUAAAGAAGAGAUAUUUGGACCAGUUCAACAGAUUUUGAAGUUUUCAGACGAAGAUGAAGUUAUAGAAAGAGCUAAUAAUACACAAUAUGGACUUGGAGCAGCAGUAUUUACUAACGAUAUCAAUAGAGCAUUAAAGUUUGCCAACAGUCUUCAAGCUGGAUCAGUUUGGAUUAACUGUAAUCUAGCUAUAACACCACAAGCUCCAUUUGGUGGAUUUAAAAUGUCCGGUAUUGGUAGAGAAUAUAGUGAAUAUGGUCUGCAAGAAUAUCUCGAGGUUAAAAAUGUGGUGAUAAAGAUUCCACAAAAGAAUUCCUAAACCGAGACACCCUGAGCUGAACUGCUGCUUUCGACGUAUAAUCAAAACGAUAAUUUGGUCUUUGAGAACUAAAAUAAUAUGAAGUGAUUCUAACUCUUAAUAAAGAGAAUUGUUACAUUUAAAAAAAAUAAAAUACUUUAUGCAAAA